AUGUCGGCUAAUGGCGAUAUCCAGGAUAAGGCAGUCCUUGAGACGGAGCCGCCAAGUGUUGAUGCACCAUCUGCCAACGAGUCCGCUCAUCACAACUUGAUCAGAUUGCCCGACUCUGCUGAAUCAAGCGUCACAACCGACCCCGAGGGCAGCGAAGAUGGCAAGAUCGACAACCGUCAACCAGCCCUACACAGACUGCUAUUGAGAAUGUCAGAGCUUGAACCGCCAAUAGGCAAGGAGGACCUUGAUAGCGAACUCAGCAAGGCGCUCUCCGAGGACAAGUCGCAGCUAAGCCUUCAUGGCGCUGAUGGCAAGACAGCCCUCCAUGUUGCAACUAAACAUGGACUGGUGGAUGCAGCCGAAUGGCUCAUAGAUGCCGGGGCAGACAUCAGUUUAACAGAUAAUGACGGGCGACAAUCACUUCAUACAGCGUGUCUAGAGGGGCACACCAAAGUAGCUGAAUUACUCCUGAAGAAAGGAGCAAGCGCUGCGGCAACAGACAAUGUUGGCUAUCAACCACUGCACAUGGCUUGCUUUUUGGGGCACUCUGAACUGGCAAGAUUACUCCUUCGUAAUGGGGCAGACAUUGAAGCCAGACAGCAUACUGACCACGCGGCUACUCCGCUCUAUGAAGCCGCCUGGAAUGGACACGUCGACGUUGUUGACUUGCUUCUCAAAGCAGGUGCCAAUACCAAAUCCCUCACAGGAACCAACUGGUCUUCUCUACAUGCAGCAAGUUGGAACGGUCACGCCGAGGUAGUGAGUCUCCUUAUUGCUAAAGACAAGUCAAACAUGGAUGCCGUGGAACAAAACAACAACUGGACCGCGCUUAAUGCAGCUGUCUACGGUGGUCAUGCCAACGUUGUUUCUAUCCUGCUGGAACACGGGUCGACACUUGCCACCCGGGACAAUGACGGUUGGUCGCCUUUAUUAACGGCAGCCAAUAAGCAUCCAGACCUUAUUGAGAUGCUGCUCCAAAGUGGGCGGCCAAGUGAAGAACUGCAGCUAGAGGCUCAUAGCAACCGCUCUAAAAGUACCCCUCUCCUAGCGACAAGUUUGGAAGGCUUCGUGGGUGGUGUACGUCGGUUGAUUGAUGCUGGUGCGGAUCUCAGUGCCCAAGACAUAGAUGGUGACACAGCGCUACAUCGUGCGAGCGGCGUCAGGGAUGACGAGUGGGGAUUUGACGACCUUACCGACGAGGACAGACACAAUUCUAAGUUUAUCGACUUGCCAGCAGAUCGGCAUGGUGCCGUAGUUCAGCUCCUGCUGAACGCUGGGGCUGCCAACUUGUCGGCUCGAAACAAGGACGGCCGGACCGCACUCUAUUUAGCUUUCAAAGGAUACGGGGAUAAACCUCCAAACGAAACUGUCAUGAGAAUCCUGCUGAAAUGGAGCGAGCUUGAAAAGGCUGAUUUUGGGGUUGACGACGUGUGGAAGGAAGCGGUUGAGUGGGCUGCAGGAAACUCCAAGACUCAUGACAUUGCACAAUUGCUUUUUGAAAAGAAGCUGAAGGCAUCCCAGCCCCCUGCACCCAUCAACCGGAACGCAAUCGGGUGGGCGGCACAUGAACGAAACACGAAUGUCCUUGCACUACUCGUUUCAACCUCUCCUCAGACUGGAGAUAUCUCCAACGCACUGAAAUCGGCGUUGAAGUCUUUGGUCCCACAGUCUACGGAAAAACUACCUGAUGAGCCAGAGGGUGCGCAGUUUUUCAAGGUGCUGUGGUUGCUCAUUUCUGCCUGUGCUCGUGAUUCUGAAAUUGAAAAUGAUAUCCGCAACGCCCUCAACUCAGUGCAAAAGUUGAAUAGCCAAACACAGGGUCCAGUCCCGAUUGGAACCAACAAAGGUCAGGCUAGCUACGGCGCGCAGCAAGAGCCGAAGACAAAGAGCAAUCAAUCAACAUACUUGCAGACCAUUGAGGAUAUUCUACGAGAGCCUCCCUAUCCCCUGAUGCACCAUCAUAAACAACAAUAUAGGUUACCACUGCCCAAGGCGGAAGCCAAGGACCUGUUGGAAAGGUUCGAGGUCCCCAUUGUGCAAUUCUACAAGAGCGAAAUCGAGUCCGGGACUAUCCGAAGAUAUCGUCAACUAAAAGAAGUAAUUUAUGAUAAGGGGCCCCAGGAAAUCAUGACAACGGCCGUGAAGGAACUGGCCAAUAUCACUGGUGGGGACUCCCUAUUUCCAGGCCAUAGUAUAGGCCUUGAGACCAAGCCUGCAUUUACAUGGAUUCAUUUACCAUCGACAAACAUCAACUGGAUGAAUGUGAGCAUAUAG